GCGAGGGCGUGGUUGAGUGGCUAUGCCUGACAGGCACCCGCUAAAAACCAAUCUGGAUGAGAGGCCCCCUGAGUUUGGUGGUUGCUAUGGAGACCAGCUGUGUCCAGCCUGAGGCCUCUGUCCCUACCUCUGUGUUUGGUCUUUUUUUUUGGCGGUGAGCUCUUUGGAGAAGAGACUGUGUCUUCCUAUGCACUGGGACAGCCCCUGGUGCUUCUUCAAUGCUACUGUAAUACAAGAACAUGGCAAAUAAAAAGAUGGAAGUAUUCUCCCCUCUGGAAGCUGUGCAAAUCUGUGCUGUGCUGGAGGACUGUCUUGAUCAGCUUGCUAUUCUUGGAUAUAUUAUGCCAGUUUCCUAUGAGGGCAGGACAGACAUCAGCAAUAUUGAUGCCCAAGAAAUCAGUGAAAUCACCAAGAGCCAGAAGGAGUUGGGGGUUAAGUUUGAACAGCUCAUGUCAGCAAAGUCAGAGAACAGGCCAACAGUUCCCUCUGAGUCACUGAAGUUCACAGAACUGGGGCAGCAGCUGCAGGAAACAAGUGGAGAUCUAAAAAGGGCCAAUCAUCUUUUUAGUAGGGCUGCAAAACAGAGUGCUGUGUCCUCCGAUAACCUCAGAAAAGUUCAAGCUGACAGGCAGUAUGUGAGCGAUGUGAUUGCAGACACUUUGCAGGAAAUGCAGACUUCAGGAACGUUUCAGAGUCUGUUGCAAGCUGUGCAGAGAGAAGAGGAGAAGAAGUUUAACUUCUACACCACCAUUAUCAGGGAGGAGGAAGGAAGGAAGGAGAUAAAGUCCCUCCAGAAACAGCUACAAGAUGUCAAGAAAGAAAAGGAUUUAGAACUUCAGAACCGGAACGAGAUGAUUGCAUACCUCAAAGAUCAGCUUCACGAGAUGAAGGCCAAGACAGACAUGGAGAGCCGCUAUGUGAAGAAAGACACAGAGCUCCAGAUCUACCAGACCCAGAAAAAGUGCAGCAACGCAGAGAGUGACCUGUUAAAUGAAAUUGAGACGCUGAGGAUCAAAACUGAUGAGGAGAUUAGAGUCCACAUGGAGAUUGAAAAUUUCCUCAGGCAGCAACAGAUGAAGUUGGAAGAGAAGCUAGAAUACUGGAUGGAGAAGUAUGAAAAGGACACGGAAUCUAAACAGCAAGAACUGAACACUCUAAAAGCAUCCAAGGCAAAUGAUUUAGCAGCACUGCAGGAACUUGCCAAGCAGUGCCGGUUAUUUGAACAAGUCAUGAUUGAGGAUCGGGUGGAAAAGGAGGCAGCAAGAAGAAAGGUAGAACAGGAUGCGUUGGAAUUAAAGAGCGUCAAGAAGCUACAGGCUUGGUGGAGAGGCACAAUGGUUCGCCACAACAUCGGCCCCUAUAAGGCCAUCAAGAAGCCUAAAGAGGACGAGACAAAGGGCAAAGACAAAGGGAAAAAGGGAAAAGCUGGAGCUAAGAAAAAGUGAUGGCCAUAGAAUCCUGCUCUCAUUAGACUCACAGGGCCCUGGAAGCUUUGGACUCUCAUCGGGGAGGAGCACUGGCUUGUGUGCACAGAGUAAGAAAUAAAGCAUUCAGCAGAGUUCA